UUUACGAAACUCAGCAGCCAGCUCUGCCACGUCAGUGCUUGCGACUCCCAUUCCACUCUUCGACUCUGCUCCGAUGGCCUAUAUAAGGGCUCUCGCCGGCAACUUUCCUCGUCACCGGCCAUCAAAAACCUCCUGAUACUCACACUGCCGAAUUCAUCUACCAAAUUUCUCCGCCGUAAGAAAGUUAUGGCUACUCCAACUGUGGUGGUGCCGGAAGUUCGUCCGCCGUCGUUGGAAGCCACCGCCGAACAACCUCCGCUCUUCGACGGAACCACCAGGUUGUAUAUGGCUUACUAUUGCCCAUUUGCGCAGCGUCCUUGGAUUACAAGAAAUUACAAGGGAUUGCAAGAUCAAAUUAAGCUAGUGCCUCUAAACAUUCAAAAUAGGCCUCACUGGUAUAAGGAAAAAGUCUACCCUCCAAACAAGGUGCCAGCUUUGGAACACAAUGGAAAAGUAAUUGGAGAAAGUCUUGAUUUGAUCAAAUACAUAGAUAGCAACUUUGAAGGACCUUCUCUUUUCCCAAAUGAUCCUGCUAGAACAGAAUUUGGUGAAGAGUUGCUAAAUUAUAUUGAUACAUUUACUGGAGCAGUAUACCCUUCAUUUAAGGGUGACCCAGCUAAAGAAGCAGGUCCUCAAUUUGAUUACCUUGAGAAUGCUCUCCAGAAAUUCGAUGAUGGGCCAUUCUUUUUGGGUCAAUUCAGUGGGGUGGACAUUGCAUACAUUACAUUUAUAGAAAGGUUCCAAGUAUUCUUAUCUGAGGUUUUCAAGUAUGAUAUCACAGAAGGAAGGCCUAAUCUAGCUGUAUGGAUUGAGGAGUUUGACAAGAUUGAUGCCUACAAGCAAACAAAGUAUGAUCCUCAAGCCAUUGUUGAGCUUUAUAAAAAGCGUUUCAUGGCUUGAGAACAAAUAUGGAGAUCCAACACUAUUCUAUCUCGAACCUCGAUCAGGAAUUUCAAAUUCGCACGUUUACUUCUUUUUGCGUGCUUGGUUUCUUGAAUUUAUAUCGUCUUCAAAAUCCACUUGUAUUGUUAUGUUAUCAUUAAGUGUAAGUUUGGAAUGAGUAAAUGUUUUUUACAAGGUUUUAGACGUUAACAUUGAUAGAAAUGUCGAAUGAAAAUGUUGAUGGAAUAAUCGAUAAAA